AUGGACUACUGCAAGCUUGAAGAAGAGGCAGAAGCCCACAACCUAGAACAGGUGCGUAAUCCAAUCACAAGGUUUUACAAAGAAAAGAUUGUUGGCAAGUUUGCAAGGAUGAUUUCUGAGGGUAGGAUGGCAAAGAAGCUGAGGGAGGCCAUAGAGAAGUUAGACAGUGUUGCUCAAGAUGUGGGCAAUUUCCUUCAGCUUUUAUGCCGUGUUGAUAAUCUUGUCUUGCAAGAUCAUGCUGAAAGCAGUGAACAGCAGACUAGCUCCACUUUGGUGCCUAUUGAGAUCUUUGGCCGUGACAGUGAGAAGAACCAGGUUAUGAGGUGGUUGACUCAUAAUGUAUAUGAUGAUCCAGAUACAGUUACUCGAGUCCCGAUUUUUGCAAUAAUCGGAAUUGGAGGUAUAGGAAAGACAACCCUUGCUCAGAUUGUCUGCGAAGAGUUGAAAGAUUCAGCACACUUUGACUGUAUUCUGUGGGUACAUGUUUCUGAUAAUGUUUUCAGUUCAACAAGGAUAAUGAAAAAGAUCUUGGAGGCAGUUACAAAAGAGAAGCCUAAUGCUGAUACUUUGGAAGCAUUGCAACAGAUUCUCAGGGACAAACUUGGCCUUAAGAAAGUUCUACUUAUUUUGGAUGAUGUUUGGGAAGAUAGCAAAACAAGUGAAUGGGAAACAUUAAUGGCUCCUUUGCGGAGUAUGCAGAGAGGAAGCAAGAUCCUGCUGACAACCCGAAUGAGAUCUGUGGCAGAUAUGGUUGCAGGUGUGAUGAGAAGUAGAAAUGAUUAUUUGCACUUAGAUGGAUUAAAUGAAGAUGAAAAUUUUAUGCUCUUCAAGAAGUAUGCAUUUGAUGGUUUGGAUUUGGAAGAUUAUGCACACCUCUUGCCAAUUGCUGAAGAAAUAGCAGAAAAGUUUCAUGGCUGUCCUUUGGUGACAAAGAUUGCAGGUGGCCAUCUACAAAGCAAUGUAAGUGAUCAGCAUUGGAAGGACCUGCACAGACAAUUAGAACAUUUAGAAGGAAGCACUGAUGCUAUCGUCACAACUGUUCUUCGAUCGAGCUACCAUCAUCUACCUGAGCACUUACAGCUUUGUUUUAGAUACUGUAGCAUAUUUCCAAAAGAUCACAAGUUUAAGGAAGACAUUGUGAAAAUGUGGAUGGGUUCAGGACUGAUCCUACAAACUGAAGGUGGUUCCGAAAGGCCAGAAGACAUGGGAGGAAGAUACUUUGUGCAGUUGGCAAGAAAGUCAUUCUUUACUUUUGUGCCAACAGUUGAUCCUUACCAGAAAUACUACACGGAGUAUUAUGUCAUUCAUGAUUUACUGCAUGAAUUGGCACGUAAUGUUUCUAUCGGUGAAUGCCUAAGACUUGAAUCCGGUGGUUUUCUGCAUCACAAGUGUACAGUUAGACACUUAUGGAUAGCAAACUUCAGCAAGUUAUCAUGUGAGGAGAUCAAGGCCAUUUCCUGCUUUAAGAGUUUGUGUACACUCGUCAUGGAAGACUCUUAUCAUGUCAGUGCUGGUCAUGAAGAUGCACUGCAGGAAGUCAUAAAAACUGUCAAGUGCUUGCGGUUAUUGAGCUUAAAAGGGAUAACCAAGUUCUAUUUCCCAAAUGAAGUUGCUAAUAAGCACCUUCGUUAUAUCUCUGUCUCUAGGAUGGAGGAAAUACAUGGACUUUCUAAGCUCUAUCAUUUACAAGUACUUACUGCAGCGAAAAGAAUAGGUACAACAUCAGAACAAGUGGAGAAUAUGGAAAACAUGUUUCAUCUGCGGUAUGUGUCCUAUGGUAGUAAUGGAUAUGGUGAGUUUCCUGUUGGCAGAUUAACUUCACUGCAAGAGUUGUAUAACUUCAAAAUUCAGUCAGUGGAAGGUCACCGAAUAAGUUCAUUAAAGAAUUUAACAAGCCUUUGCAAGCUACAAAUGUGCAACCUUGAGAAUGUUGGGGGUCAUGAAGAGGUUAUCCAGGCAAAGCUAAAUGAUAAAUCCUAUCUUAGGUCACUGUCACUUAACUGGUCUGAAACUAAUGAUGAUCUAAAGGAAGACAACCUAGUUCUUGAUAAACUUGAGCCACAUGCUUGUCUUGAAAAUCUGGAAAUUACAGGAUAUAGUGGUGUCCGAUUCCCAUCUUGGAUAAACCAUCACCCUCUGGUCAAUAUGGUGUCACUUGAGCUGAGAUGGUGCAAAAACUGGGUGCACCUCCCGUCUCUUGGAAAUCUGCAGUUACUCAAGCACCUCGAGUUGCAAAACCUUAGUGGAUUGGAACGGAUUGGGCCAUCAUCUGGUGACUCCUUCCCUCAAAAUCUGAAAACCCUAGUGGUGGAAGGAUGUCAAGAGUUGAGGAAUCUACCACUUCUACCUCUGACUUUGAUGCAGUUGGAAAUAAAUAAUGUUGGAUUGGAAAUCCUCCCAAGAAUAGGGGCCCACCAUGAUAAUGUAGAUUCUCAGACCACAGCACCCAAGCUAGUAUCAGUCAUCAUAAGCAAUUGUUCAAAUUUGACUACGUUGUCAGAGAGCUUUCUACUGCAGGAACACUAUAUCUGCACUCUUCGGAUCCUAAAGAUUGUUGCCUGUGCACAGUUAAAACAUGCUCCUUUAUCAUUUGGGAGCAUGAAUGAUCUUACAGAAUUUUGUAUUGGGAGCUGUUACUCAUUGAGAAUGAUGGAGAAUGUUGAUGGUGGACUACUCCCUUGCACGCUUAAGGAACUGUCUAUGAUGCAGUGCGGUGACCUCCAACUUCCUCUGCUCGAUUCACUGGUUGGUCUGACUAAUCUUAAAUCAUUAAGUUUGUGCAACUGCUCCAGGGUGAAGUCUCUUCCAUCAUCAGAGGUGUUCCAGAGUCUCACGGCACUUCGAGAAAUGGUUGUAAAAGACUGUAUUUUCUUGUCAUCCUUGGGUGGGCUUGGAGCUCUUUCAUAUCUCAGUUGGCUAGAAAUUACAGACUGUGAGCAGCUUCAUCUGGCUGCAGAAACAGGUGAAAUGGAUGGAGAUUCAUCGUUCGAGGUCUCCCUGAAGGUCUACUCACUCUGGAUCCAUACCCCUUGCAUGUUAGAAAAUGAGCCACUGAGUAGAUUGUGUAACACAAAAAACUUGAUCAUCUCUGUUGGCUGUGGCACAAUAUCUCAGCAAUGGAUGAGACAAAAUAGAAGGUCCCUUGAGUCCCUGGAGAUACUGAAGGUGGGGAUGAUUAUGUUAAUGCUAGAAGAGUUUUGCUCUCUCAAGAGACUGGAGUUUGAUGUAGUUCCCUGUCACCUCCCGUUUCCCUAUCUGCCCUCUUCGCUGGAGUCUUUCAUUAUCAAAAAAUGUGAUCCAGAGGUGGCGGAAAGCUGGAAAAAGGAAGGAAGCUAUGAAUGGAACAACAUUUCCUGCAUUGGUCAUGUGAGAAUAGGAGACACGAACUACUAUUUGGGUCAGGAGAGACCUGUCACAAAUUUGGUAAACACGGCUACCCAUUUUGAUAGCUGUGGUCCUUUACGAGGAAAGAGAACUAAAAGGUACCCCACCGUUUCUUUACAGUCAACGGAGUACACGACAUUUCUUGCUUCUAUGUUAUAA